AUUUAAACGUUGGUACCACUUCACUCUUGUCUUGUCUCACUUCACUCGGCGUUUUUUUGUUUUGACAUAAAGGUGAUUUUGAGGUUAAGUGAUUUUUCAAGUGAUUUUCGAAGUUUAAUUAAUAAAAAUGGAUCAGGAAAUAAUGCCGCAAUCGGAAUUUACCACGUAUCGGUCCCCGUUAUGCACGCGAUACGCUUCCGACAACAUGAAAUACAAUUUCAGCGACCAAAAAAAAUUUUCGACUUGGCGUAAACUUUGGAUUAAUUUGGCGAAGGCGCAAAAACAAUUGGGUCUUAACAUAACCGAUGCGCAAAUCGAGGAGAUGCAAUCGAACGUUCAUCGAAUUGAUUUUAAAGCGGCCCAAGAGGAGGAAAAAUUAACGCGUCAUGAUGUGAUGGCUCACGUUCACGUUUUUGCUAAGCAAUGUCCUACAGCCGCUCCGAUAAUCCAUUUGGGGGCAACGAGUUGUUUCGUUGGAGAUAAUACGGAUUUGAUUAUCAUUCGGGAUGGAUUCGAUUUGAUUUUACCACGUUUGGCGAGAGUUAUUGAUAAUUUAUCACGAUUUGCUGAACAACAUAAAUCAUUACCAACUUUAGGAUUUACACAUCUGCAACCAGCUCAAUUAACCACCGUUGGAAAACGAGCAUGUUUAUGGAUCCAAGAUUUAUUAAUGGACGAACGUGAUAUAUCACGUUGUCGCAACGAUUUGAAAUUUCGCAGCUGUAAAGGAACAACUGGUACGCAAGCUUCAUUCUUAAAAUUAUUUGAUAACGAUCAUAAUAAAGUGAAAGAACUCGAUGGGUUAGUGUCGAAAUUGAGCGGUUUUACCGACUCGUUUCCGAUUACUGGUCAAACGUAUUCUCGGCGAGUCGACGUUCAAAUUUUGGCAUGUUUAUCGGGUUUGGCGAGUUCCGUUCAUAAAAUGUGUAUGGAUUUGCGAAUAUUAGCCGGGUUUAAAGAAAUCGAAGAAAGUUUUGAUGAAAAGACUCAAAUUGGAAGUUCAGCAAUGCCGUAUAAAAGGAAUCCAAUGAAAUGCGAGCGAGUUUGUUCUUUAGCGAAAUUCGUAACCAGCCUUUAUUUUAAUACCAUCCAAGUUCAUUCAACUCAGCUGUUUGAAAGAACCCUCGAUGAUUCCGCUAAUAGGCGGUUAACUUUAUCCGAAUCUUUCUUAACAAUCGAUUCGAUUCUUUUAACUUUAAUAAAUAUAACGAAGAAUCUCGUCGUUUAUCCAAACGUUAUUAAAAAACACGUCCAAGAAGAACUUCCUUUUAUGGCCAGCGAAAAUAUUUUGAUGGCUAUGGUGGGUAAAGGCAAAGAUCGGCAAAUUUGCCAUGAAAAAUUGAGGGUGUUGGCGCAAGAAGCUGGGAAUGUGGUUAAAAUCGAAGGGAAAAGAAACGAUUUGAUUGAGAGAGUUAAAAAUGAUGAGUUCUUCGAAGUUAUUUGGGCGGAUCUUGAUCAAAUUUUAGAUGAAAAGUUGUUCACUGGGAGAGCUGAACAACAAGUUGAUGAGUUUUUGGAGGAUUUUGUAAAUCCUGUUAUUAAGACUUACAAAAAAGCUUUGGAAAAUGUUGGAGGAAAUGAAGAACUUCAAAUUUAGGGAUUUAUUAAUUUGUUUGUUGUAAAAUUAAAAGGAUUUAUUAUGAAA